CUCGCUGCCGCACCCGGAAGCUCCGUCAGGCGGCCGGGCAGACGUGUCGCUGCCAUGGCGGAGCCGGGCCGGCUGGAGCGGCUGGAGCAGCGGGUGCGGGAGCUGGAGGACGAGCUGGCCCGGGAGAGGGGCGGGCGGGCGGAGCCGCGGGCCCGCAUCGAGACCAUGAGCCCGGAGGUGACGGACACCAACCCCUACAGUCGCUUGAUGGCGUUAAAAAGAAUGGGAAUUGUCGAAGACUAUGAGAAAAUCCGUACCUUUACGGUCGCAGUCGUAGGUGUAGGUGGAGUUGGGAGCGUGACUGCUGAAAUGCUGACACGGUGUGGCAUUGGUAAGCUGCUUCUGUUUGAUUAUGACAAAGUGGAACUGGCAAACAUGAACAGACUCUUCUUCCAACCUCAUCAAGCUGGAUUAAGUAAAGUGCAAGCAGCAGAGCAUACUUUGAGGAAUAUUAAUCCUGAUGUUCAGUUUGAAGUACAUAACUACAACAUCACAACACUGGACAACUUUGAACACUUCAUGGAUAGAAUAAGUAACGGGGCACUAGAGGAGGGGAAGCCUGUGGAUCUUGUUCUGAGCUGCGUGGACAACUUUGAAGCUCGUAUGGCAAUUAACACGGCCUGCAAUGAACUUGGACAAAUCUGGAUGGAAUCUGGAGUGAGUGAAAACGCAGUGUCAGGACAUAUCCAGCUGAUCAUACCUGGGGAAUCCGCGUGUUUUGCGUGUGCUCCUCCACUCGUAGUUGCUGCAAAUAUUGAUGAGAAAACACUCAAACGGGAAGGAGUUUGUGCAGCCAGUCUCCCUACAACUAUGGGCGUUGUGGCAGGAAUUCUUGUACAAAAUGUUCUCAAGUACCUGUUAAACUUUGGUACUGUGAGUUACUAUCUCGGUUACAACGCGAUGCAGGAUUUCUUUCCAACUAUGUCUAUGAAGCCAAACCCACAAUGUAGUGACCAAAAUUGCAGAAAACAGCAAGAAAAUUAUAAGAAAAAAGCAGCUGCACAGCCAAAAGAAGAAGUAGUUGAACAGCAAGAGGAAAUAGUACAUGAAGACAAUGACUGGGGCAUUGAAUUAGUAUCAGAAACUUCAGAAGAUGAGCUGAAGGCUGCAUCUGGCCCGGUUCCUGAGCUUCCCGAGGGCAUUACUGUAGCAUACACUCUCCCGAACAAGGAAGAGAAUUUGAUAACUGAGGAAACGGUAGCAGAAUCUGAAGAAAGCCUAGAAGAACUCAUGGCCAAAAUGAGAAACAUGUAGCAAUAUUAACUACAACUCUGGGGAGUUUGGGUUGACAGUGGAUUAUAAGAAGACCACACUUUUUUUUCCUCCUUUUUUUACCUCCACUGAAACUUACCUUUGUGUUUCUGAUGAAAUGGAACUGUUACAGGGGCAGGAAGGAGACGCGGUUACUUUGUACAUAGGGAUUGUGCUACUGUAAACUCUAAUUUCUCAGCACUCCUAGUGUGCAGCUAGCUGUUCAGUAGGAAUAAAAAGAGAUGGACAAACUAAGGCAGAAGUUCUUCCCUGUGAGGGUGCUGAGGCACUGGCACAGAGUGCCCAGAGAAGUUGUGGCUGCCCCAUCCCUGGCAGUGUUCAAGGCCAGGUUGGACACAGGGGCUUGGAGCAACCUGGUCUAGUAGAAGGUGUCCCUGCCCAUGGCAGGGGGCUGGAACUGGAUGAUCUUAAGGUCCCUUCCAACCUAAACCAUUCCAUGCUUCUAUGAAACUCACAAAAGCAGCCACAGCACAAUAUAUGCACCAUCAUGUGAUGAGAACAGAACACAGUAUAAGACAAGUGAAAGAUGAGAUCUGCUGGAGAGCACCUGGUAGGCCAAGGGCAGAUAGUACCUCACUCGGAUUGCUGCUCCUGAUUUUCCAGGCACUUGUACUUGGUUGUUGCUCACUGGUCUCUGUAUUCUUGGCAUGGAUUGUGCUGUGACUGUUGAUCUGAGUAGAUCAUUUCAGCCUUUUAAUCUACUUUAAAUACUGCUGGAAUGGAAUUUUUUUUAACUACCCUGGGUUUAUCAAUGUUUUACUACUGCUUGUUCUUAAAUAGCUGCCUGUAUGUUUUGUAUGGGAUAAUGCUUUGAGUAUGUUGCAACAGGGCAAAGUCUCUAGUUAGUAGUAAUUAUACUAGCAAACUGGGUAUUAACAGUGCCACUACAUCAGCUGGCAGAUGUUUUUUGUGACACAGUCUUAAGAAUUACCAGCACCACUGGAGAGAACAGGAGAUGUUGUCUAUCUCUUUGAAAAUCUCAGUAUUUUUGUUGCUUAUUUAAAUUUCAGCUGGAAUUCUGAUCCAUCCCCAUUAUAUGGGUUAUAUUAAGGAAUAUACUUCAUCUGUGUUUGCGUAGGCAAGCUUCUAAAAUUAGAUGCUGCAAACUCCAUUUCGUGUUGCAAGUAUCUUCAGUGGAGUAGCUGAACUAUUGCAUUUGUCCUGUAAAUAACAUUAGUACAGUCAUAGUACCUUUAACCUGUCACCUGUUAAACUGACCUGUAAAUGUACAUCCUGCAGUGACAGUGCCCUGCACAACUGGAAGUAUCCACUGCAACUAUGUGAGCUACUGGGGGCAUCUGAUCCAGAAUUUGAUCAUUAUUGAGAAUUAGAAGAACAUCCAUUGCAUUAUAAUACAAAUAUUUCCACCUUGGGCUCUUCAGAAACUACCUUUCCACAGUGUGAUGCAGCCAGCACAGAACCAGGUAGUAAUUAAUGGUAGUAGUAUCUAACCAACAUGUAAAGAGAGAGCAAUGCUGGGCAGGUGCUUCUGGUACUCAGUUUAAAACAGUUUGAUUUCUAAGCAAUGCUUAUAAACUUCACGAUCUUUUACCUCCACAGCUGAUACUAGGUCUUGUAUACAUAAAAAUCACUCAUGCAGGUGGUGAGGGAGGUUUUGGCUGUGGUGCAUUAUCUUUUAGAAUGGAAGUGGGGUUUUGGAUUGAUUCCAGUUCUGGAGCAAGCAGAUUUUCGAAAUGAACUGUAAAUAGGGAUGGGAAAUAGGAUGAUGAGAUCAUUAACAAGGUACAUGCUCAAAUCUGUGUCACUAAGUCCAACUAGUUUGGUGUAAAUCGCAUGUUAAGUGUUACUUGCAUUCCUUUGUGACUUUACCUUUCUGUUGGGAGCACUGAAGUAAGGCCUGGCUCUGGAGAUCCUGAGGCCAACAGUUGACUCACUUCUGGAAGAGCUCAGUUAUUCUUGUCUCUUCAGUAUUUGCUCGCAUGACUGCUACACACGACUGACACCUUUACAAGAUGCAAGCAUUUACCAUUCUACUUCCUGGAGAGUUUUAUGAGCAAAGUAAUACACUUCAUAUGCUCACUUACAGAGCGUGCAGGGUGGUUCUCCUGCUACUUUCAGCUUGUGUAUACAAGAACUUGAACUAAUCAGAAAAUGCAUUAAGAUGAUUGUAUGUGCCAAUGGUUAAAAUGACUUAAAAAUAAACAGCAUCAAAGAAAAAAGCAGUUUCAAGGAUUUUAAGUUAAAAAGACAUUUACAAGUAUAAUGUCCUCUGACUAUAAAAUAUGAAAGAAGAUUUAUGACUUCUUUUAUGAUGAACUAACAAAGCAUCUUGCAAUGGUUUAGCCCAGCUUUGUUUAUUUGGCAAUCUGAUAAAAGAAGCAUUCUGUUUUUACAGUGCAUCAUGACUGUUA